AUGCAUGAGCCGUCGUCAUCAAACAAUUUAAACGGUUCGGACCUUUCAUCGCCGCAGAAUCACACGGGACCAUUGAACGUUUCGACGAUGGAGGACGUCUUCUCGAAACCAAUGACGCCCGAAAUGCUUCAAAUGAUGAUGACAUAUUUGCGACGGCACGGAUUAUCGGAAACCGAAGAAUCGCUGUCGCGCGAAGCGCCGGGACUACUGAAAGCCGGACUCAGCGCCUCGAAUGGGCUUCCGCCAGACGAGGCUUUAUCGGUCGAAUUCGACACAUUUGUUCAGCAUUUCAACUCGCUCACCGAUGUUGUUCAGGCGGAAUUCAGCCAACUAUUAUUCCCGGUGUUCGCCCACAGUUAUUUCUCGUUAAUUGGCGCUGGUGUGCAGGCGACAGCGCGAUCGUUUUUCGAGCGAUUCAAAUGCUUCAUACCGGAAUGCUAUGCUGAAUAUGUGCACGAGCUCUCGCGAAUCGACGACGCCAUUUCGCUGAAGGCUUCUGAUUGUUUUCACACGCUGACAGACAAUCAUUUCGUUGUGAAAAUGUCGAAAGCUUGCACCAAACAGCUCGAAUUGGUCACGUUGCGAUUACGAGCAGUUAAGAAUAUCAUCGCCAAAAAUGUGCUCAUUGAACAAACCGACGUGAACACGAAAUUCCGGUCGACGAUCGAAGCGCAAAUGGGCGGAAUUCUGGGUCAGACGUCGAAAAACGACAAACGGCACAAGAUGUUCUAUGGAGUUGUGAAAGACGAUUUGAUGGUGCAAAUCGAGAAGAAAAAAAUGAAAGGCAAAGAGUCGAGAGAUGCGGGCAAAAAAAUUCAGAGUGUGGCCCCAGCCGCUGAUCGAAUUCCAUUGCCGCCUUUGAGCGAAUAUAUUCGAGAGGAGAAGAGAAAUCACCAGCGGGAGGUCUCCAAAAUGACGAUUGUGUCCGCCGAAUCGCCGGUGUCGAUUUGUAUGUAUACGACGCUGAAUUCGCCGUUUGGAAUCGCCUCGUCGGAUUUCUCGGAUGACUCGUCGUUUGUUGCAAUGGGCAUGUCGGAUUCGACAAUCGUCAUCAACGCGAUGAAUCCGAUGUCGAAACUUCGAAAAUUGCAUUCGGUCGACGUUUUGGAGAAAAUCGAUAUGGAAACCGCCGAGAAUAUCCAGGAGUUGAUGUUCGACGCCGACCAAUCGGCGGGAAAUUUGAAAUUCACGGGACACGGCGCGCCGGUGUUCUCGGUGAACUUUUCGCCGGACAAACGCCUACUUUUAUCGUCGUCCGGCGACAAAACGGUGAGAUUGUGGAGUCUCGAGGUUCAGAAGAAUGUGGUUGUGUAUCGGACGCCGACGGUCAUUUGGGAUGCGCAAUUCUGCAAUCGCGGCUAUUAUUUUGCGACGGGCGGCGCCGACAAAAUGGCGGCGGUCUGGUGCACGGAUCGAAUGCAGCCGAUUCGGAUGUUCGCCGAGGCGUUCGGCGACGUCGGCUGCGUCGACUUCCAUCCGAAUUGCAAUUACGUCGCCGGCGGCUCCGAUGAUCGAUAUGUUCGCGUUUGGGACAUGCUUCAGGGAACGUGCGUUCGCAGCUUCAGCGGUCACAAGGGCAAUGUGAUCGCGGUCAAGUUCUCGCCCGACGGCCGCUAUCUGGUGUCGGUCGAUUCGGCCGGCAAUGUCCUAUUGUGGGAUCUCGCCUAUCAGCGGCUUCUCGCCGUCGAGACGACCGAGCAGACGGGCACGAAGGGCUCGAUAGCGUUCACGCGCGACGGCGGCGCGUUUGCGGUCUCGCACGGAAAUUCGAACAUUUCGGUGUACUCGUUGGACGCGAUGAUCGCGAAUAUGGCGGCGAACGCGCAAAACGACUUUUGUCUUGAUCCCAAAAUCAACAUGGACGGCUUCAAUAUCGGCACAUAUCCAACAAAACAGACGCCCGUCAUCGGGCUUCACUUCACUCGUCGCAAUUUGCUGAUGGCUCUUGGCUGCUUCGGACAAUGA